GAGAUCACAGACCGUAGCAGUCCAAGAGGUCAGUGAGUGCUGUUCUAGUUUGAUUUGUGUUAGUGUGUGUUGCUCAUUCUACGACAGAAAGCAGAUCUGCUCUUGCUGAAGGACCAUGAGGCUCUUGGUUUUGGUGCUUGCUUUGCUUUGUGGCCAUUCUAUAUCCCAGUCACCAACCAGCAGCUCAGAGGGCCCACCAACCAAGGAACUCCAGACUACCACGAAACCCUGGGUCACAGAGCAGAGUGCCAAAGAAACAGUGUGCAAAGGAAUCACUGAUAACACAAGAAAUGGAACCUCUGGAGUAAAAGUUUGUGGGCGGCCUUCAAACCCAGCGACAACGGUGCAGCGGAUCCUGGGUGGUAGGCUGGCAGAGGAGGGGAGCUUCCCGUGGCACGUGCUGGUGGUGGCCAGCGGUCGGGGGAGGGCUGGGGGCACCCUGAUCGGCGGGGGCUGGGUGCUGACAGCCGCCCAUGUCUUCUACCCGAAAGGGGGCCCCCGGACGGAGCUGUCCCACCAACUCAACGUCACCCGGAUCCGGACAUGCCAGGCAGGGAGAAGCACCAACCUGCGGGCACUCCUGGCAGGGAAGAGCCGUGAGAUCGAGAAGAUUGUGGUGCACCCAGGGUUCGUGGAGGAGCUGCACGAUUUCGACAAUGACAUUGCCCUGAUCAAGCUGAGGAGGAACGGGAGCGAGGGAGUGGAGGAGGGGGCUAUGCCUGCCUGUUUGCCUGCCCUACGCGGGGCCGGGGGAUACAAGGAGGGUGACCUCCUCCAACCAGGGACUGUGGGCUUUGUGGCCGGCUGGGGAAUCGAGGAGGGGUUCUUCCUUCGCGACCGGCUACGCUACGUUACACUGCCUUUGGUCAGACAGCAGCACUGCCAGCAGGCUUUCCAGGAGGCACGAAUUGGGGGUUUGCGCCCGCCUGUCACCAACAACAUGUUCUGCGCUGGUUUGCCAGAGGGCGGGAGGGAUGCAUGUGGUGGGGACACCGGUGGGGGCUUCCUAGUCCCUCACCAGCCUUCGGGAGCCUGGUACCUGAUGGGUAUUGUCUCCUGGGGGACUGGAUGCGCACGGCCAGGACGCUACGGGGUGUACACCCGCGUGUCCAGCUACCUCCAUUGGAUACACUCGGUCAUUGCCACACAUUCUUAGAAUGCAGCUUCCACUAAACAUCCACCAUUUGUCAGGGUGGGGGUGAGCUUCAGACUGAAUGGAAUCUUAUUUGCCUCCAAAUUUCCACAAACUCUGAUUUCCUCACACUCCCUCACGAUUUGGGACCCCUCGCUUCCUCAUCCUCAGAACUGUGGGUCUCCUCACAACGGGACAAAGACGUCAGGCUAAACGCAAUUGUCAGUUUUAUUUGCAGCAAAAAAGAUUAAACAGAGGCAACGGCAACAGAAUGCUUGUUUUGUUUUUGAAAUAAUGUGAAUAUUCAAUUAAUAAAACAAUCUAACUCUCA